UUUGACUAUGGUCGCAUCCAAGUCGGUUCCCGCGAGUCCAUCGGGAUUUGUCUGGGAGAUGAACUCUACUUAUUAACAAUUUCUAUUUCGCUAAAUUUACGUUUAAAGCCGCAGAUUUUCUCAAAUCGUACCGAGAUUUGGUUGCCGCUUUCGUUAUUUUCUUGGGUUGUGGUGGGAUUUGUCAUUCUCUUCUUUCAGUUUUCCUCCCCAGAAUUACAGUUUGGUUCUUCAAAUGAGGCUUCCUUUUUUUGGAUUAAUCGGAAUGCUUCUUCUUUUUGCUUUUGUUUCUACUUUCUGGUCUUUGAGCAACGGAAAUACAAACAAGGAGAAAACUCUAGCUAUUAUAAAACCAGAUGGAUUGCUUGGUAACUACACAGAUGACAUCAAGAAAACAGUUCUAGAAUCUGGUUUCCGCAUCUUUAAGGAAAAGAGAGUUCAACUUGAUGGGGACACCGUAGCAAGAUUUUAUGCAGAGCACUCUUCUAAAAGUUUCUUUGCCAGCCUUGUAAAGUACAUGACAAGCGGACCAGUAUUAGUUAUGAUUUUGGAGAAGGAAAAUGCUAUUGCUGAUUGGCGUGCUUUAAUGGGGCCGACUGAUGCACGCAAGGCUAAGAUUACUUACCCUCACAGCCUCAGAGCAAUGUGUGGUCUGGACACUGAAAGGAAUUGUGUACACGGAUCCGAUUCUCAUAAAUCUGCACAAAGAGAAAUAUUAUUUUUCUUCAGAGAGCUGUCUACAGAUGUGGUUACUGAACAUGAUGAACUGUAGCUGGUAAGGAUUUGAAGCAGACAGGCAAUUUUCUUGCGGAGCUAACUUUUUUGGUGCGCAUUCAUGCGCUGCACAGAAUUGUUUCAAUUCCUACUGGUCUUAGAUUUGCUUGAUUUUUUGUCAAACUGAGUUGAGCGGAUUCGAAAAGGUUGAAUCUAUUUUAUAGUUGUAACUUGAAGAUGAAAUUUUUACCCAAAAAAUAUGAUUCAUAUUUAGCCCAAAAAAAAAACAAUUUAAC